AUGCAUGAAGAAACUAGGAAUUCUGCAUUGCAGGGAAAAACCUCUUUUUCGGUCGCAGAUAUUCUGGAUCCAUCGAAAUUUAAUGGGAAGCAUCAGAGGAUACAGAAAACAACCUUAGAUGAACCUACAAAUAAAGAAAAUAACAAGGACAUAGGCACCUCCUCUGCAUCCAGCGAAGACCACAGCGGUUCCAGCGCAAAGGGCAAGUCGAAGCGCAUCCGUACCGCGUUCACACUGGAUCAGCUGCGCAUACUGGAGCGAAGCUUCCAGAACAGCCACUAUCUGUCCGUGUUUGAGCGGCACGGUAUUGCCGCAGCCCUCCGUCUUUCUGAAACUCAAGUGAAGAUCUGGUUUCAGAACCGACGCACCAAAUGGAAGAAGGAACGUGAGGGACAUGGAGGAGAAGAGCAGAACUAUUGCGCAGCUCAAGCGAUUACGCAAAGCACAUUUCUGUAUGCCCUGCCUGGACAGCAUACAAGUCCUGUGCAUUAUUACCCACAAACCCCUUACCUGAACCCAGCUUACCCUCACAAGACCCUUAUACUGUUCUGA